AUGCCGUCAUCCCAGUUGAUGUCACUUGAGCCUGCUCCAUAAGUUAGCGUCAAGGCCAAGAUUGUCGCAACGCAAUCCAUCUCAAUUUUAGUUCUCUGGUCACUGCAAGGGUCUAUCUUGGCUUCCUCUCUUCGAAUUCAUUCAGCACGGCGAUUUAUCUGAGGGUGAAGAAAGCUUCACCAAACAAGCUCCUGUCUUGUACAUGAUUCGCUUAGUCGUCGCUGUACACCAAGUGUUGGUCAUCAUCUGUUUCUUAUCGCAUUACCAGCUCCUUUGACAAGCACCUUAGCGACCUUUCUAGGUCUACAGGAUCCCAGUUGCGGGACUUAGGUAGUCAGUCGCCAUGGCUCUAGUGCCGUUCAACGACCGAUCCAACACAUCCCCGCCAGAGAGCUCCUCGAUAACCGACAGCAGGAACAACGGGCUUGUGGUGUGGGAAGGGACCAUCGACGACACGGACGACCUCGCGUUCGUCGAAGCACUCGAGCUCGCAGAGGCCUCGGCCAAGCGACGUCGCACAGGGGAAUCUGCCGGUGACCGUCAGCGGCCCGGUCGGCAGGCGGCUGUCGCCGGUGCAGGGAACUCUGUUAACGAUGGCGACGGCUUGAGAAGAAGCGCCGGCGGUGGUGGGGGUAACGGUGGAGGCUGGAGCGGAGGUGGAGGCAACGGUAUGAGAAGUAACGGCGUGAACGGCGUGAGUAGGAGCAGCGUGGUCAUCACCGAAGUGACUCCGAACGCUUCUGCUGGUGUGCCUCAGUGUCAGCAAGGGCAGCAGCCGAGCCAGCAGGGUCGACAACAACAGCAGCAACAACAACAUCAUCAUCAGCAGCAGCAGCAGCAGCGAUGGCAAAGACAGCAAGCUGAGUCGAGGCAAGGAGGAGCUACCCUGAGGCGCUGUGAGGGAGUACAGUCAGGCGCUGGAGCGACAGGUGUGGCAAGUGCUAGUGGUGCAGUGGUUGCUUCCUCCUUCUCCACCCAACCUGCAACUCCAAAUAGGUCUGGUAACCGUCCUUCUUGGAACAACCAACAGCAGCAGCAGCAACUGCACCAGGAGCAGCAACAACGGCAGCAACAACAGCUAGGGAUUGUUCCCUCAAGUGGCUAUGGUGCUCCUGUACCUGCGGCUGCAUCUCCAUCUCCCAACCUUCUCCCAGCGCAGCCACUUUCACCUGCGCAGCCUGCUCAACCUGUCGUCAUGCGGCCAGCAGACUUUCGGAACAUGCAGUCUGCUGCACUAGAUGUUCUUGAGCCUGGUGACUACAUGGUCUUGCAAGGGAAACCAUAUAUUAAGAAAUCAGGCUGGCGCAAAAUUGCUUUUUUCUUCAACGUGUCGUUCGAAAUACGUGACAAGACCAUCGAGAGGGAUGAGCGUGGCAACGUUACAAGAUCUGAGUUUUUAGUCCGAGCCAGCAUGUCUUCUGGCAGGUUUUCUGAUGCAUGGGGUUCAUGUGACCGAGGAGAGAAGAGGUUCAGCAAACCAAACCAUGACAUUCCAGGCACUGCUGAGACCCGAGCUAAGAGCCGAGCAUGUCAGGACCUCUUGGGGAUUGGAGAGUACAAGCAAUAUCGCACGUGACGCGUGUCAACCUUUUUGUUGCUGCCAGAUGUGUUUGUUGAUGCUGGUGAUAUCUUUCCGCGUUUUGUGGAAGGUCAAAUUGUAAUGAAGUUGUUAACGUUAU